UUCAACUCAAAGAAAAAAUGUAUCUUUUUCCCAGACUUCCAUAGCCCUCUCUUACCAAAGGGAAAUAAGAGAAAUAUCCCUUGAUUCACAACAAGGUCAUUGCUUUUUGGCAGUAUGAACAUUUCGGAAUGAUUAUUGCCAAGGAUGAAGCACAGGAAGAAUAAUAUUUCACCAAAAAUCUCUGAUGAACAUGGGAGAGCUCACUGGGAAGGGCAACCAUGGGGCCAGCCUGAGGCAUUAGUUCCACAACAAGAUCCAACAUCCCACCAGCUUUAUGUCUUUGUUGCUCUGUUUUUUAUGUUUUAAUUAAAAAAUAAGUUUAGUUACAUACAUACAUUAACUCUAAUAUACAUUUUAUAUGCAGGCCAAGACAAUUCCCAUUCAAUCAACGCAGCCCAAACAAGCCAAAAGGUUGGACAGCUGUGCUGUACUUCCAGACACACAUCCUUACCCACACCACCUUGCUCUUCACAGCGGGGAUGGCUCCCUGUUGGUCCCAUUUCUGGUCCCUCUUGCUCUGUGCUGGCUAUGCAAGCAGCAUCAGGCGCUGCCCCGCAGGUAGGAAUGGCUGUGCACAGCACCUGCAGCAGGAACAGGGCUCUGGACAGCGGCUGGAAACCUCUGCUGGGGCAGUCCCAGACUCCUCCUGGGAUGGAGCAACCAGGUCUAUUACAUCACAUCACCCCCAGGCUUCUUUACACGAGGCACUCACAGAGUGCCAAUUACCUGCCCCCCCCGGCUCCUAGCAUUUCCACUGAAAUCACUUUAUUGCCCAAUUUCCCAUAGCAGGCAAUUACAGAGCAACGAAUGCAGCCAGGUGAUCCCCAGGUGUGUUCAUAACACUACUUGUCAUUUUCACAUGCUGCAUUACAGCCCUUCAGUAACUGCACCCAGACACAUUUGCACUUUCUUCAGCAUCAGCACUUCCUCUCUGGGUGUUCAUCAGCUGCCGCGCUUCAGCCAGGCGCGUGCAGGCAGUGCUGUGCAGGAGGUGUAACCACAGCAAGCACUCCUGUUGUCCGUCACUUGCAGGGCAUUACUUCUCACAUACGGCUGAGUUUCUGGAUGAGAGGAGCAGGUGCUGUGGAAAGUCCAGAAAUUUUGGGAUGAUGCCUGGCUGACCGCAGGGACAGGGAGGUGGGGGCUGGCUGUAACAGCAAUCUGCCUAAUUCCCCCUCCUCAGCCUUCCUGGGGUGGACACCGUGACGCUGGGUGUCCUUCACCCUUAGUGGUGGCUGACACCGCGCCACGUGGCCUUGUACAGAAAUGAGCGGGGAGCCCGAUGAGUUUCCAGCAACCGGGGUGUAUAUUAAAGGGAAGAGUCAGGACUGGCUGCAGGGCUGCAGCAGCAUGGCCGGGCUGGGGCUGGACAGAGACCUGCGGCACCUGCUGAAACUGCACCGCACGGAGAUCGCCAUGGCGGUGGAUGACGUCUUCCCGCUGCUGCACGGCCUUGCCGACCACGACAUCGUCCCUGAGCAUAUCUUCAAGGAGACGCUGAGCCAGACAGAGCGAGAGGGCUCCCACCGCGCGUUCCAUGCCCUGCUCACCUGGCUGCUGGGCCGCGACGCCGCCGCCGUCCGUGACUUCUGGGCUGUCCUCUUCAAGGACUACAACCUGGAGCGCUACACCCGGCUCCGGCCCCUCCACAGCGCCUUCCCCGCGGGUAGGAGGCCAGGCUGGAAGGGUCAGCACCCUUGGGGGCUGCACACGAGCAGUGGUCUCACUGUGCCCCUCUCUGUCCCUGCUGCAGAGGUGGACCUUGGGCAGCAGUGCAGCAGCAGAUGCCCGUCCCCCAGCUCCAUGGGACCGACCCCACACAGACCCCAAGGCAAGAGAAAAGCUGAGGAGCGGGAUGGGGCCCGGGUGGCACAACCCUCACCACGGCACACCGCCAGCCCUGGGCUCCUGGCGAAGGCAAAGACUGUGAAGAAGCCAGAGAGCGUGGACACCGCACGCACACCCCGUACUAGUGGCAGCACCAAGGCGGGCAGCAGAGCCAGGGAUGAGCUCUGUGUCCCAGCUGCUGCAGAUGGGUCCCCAAAGAACCUUGUUUCACAGAGCGGGGAGAUAUGUGUGACCGCCCAGGGCCACCUGCCAGCAGUACCUGUGCACAGCCAGGACCCAGCACCCUACCAGGACAACGAGGAUGAGUGUGCCGUGUGCGGGGACGGCGGAGAGCUCAUCUGCUGCGACGGCUGUCCCAGGGCCUUCCACCUCCCGUGCCUGGUGCCCCCGCUGCCUCGUGUCCCGAGCGGGACGUGGCAGUGCAGCUCGUGUGUGGCCAAGCUGGGCCGGCUGCGGGAGGCAGACGCGGCUGCGGAGCAGCUCCCUGCGGUCGCAGAGAAGGAGGAGCACGGCGCCCAGCCGGGAGGCGGCCACGGCAGCACCUGCGGCCGCUGUUUCUCCGGGAUCUCCGCACCCCAACGCUGCCCGACGCGUGACGGGGACCCCGGAGGGCUGUGGCUUUGCGGCUCCUGUGUGGGCACCCCAGAAGCAGGCAGCCGGGAGAGCACCGCAGCUGCUGCUACCCACGUGCUUCAGGCAGCAAAGGUUGGCACGGCCAGGGCCGGUACCGCACAGCCCUGCGGGCCGUGAAGGAGCGAAAGGAGCGCAUGAGCGCAGGCGGGGGUGACACAUCUCCUCCCGCAGCUGGAGAGCGGCGCAGCGAGCAGCGAGCCCACGUCCGGCAGGGAAGAGCUGGACGCCCUCCUGAGUGAGGUAAGACGCACGGAGCCCAGCCGGAGCGUAUCCACAGGGCGCUGCUGGGCGCGUGGGGAAGCUCCGGAGGAGUUCGCUGGACUUGGGAGGGACGAUGAGAAACGGGGUAAAGCAGGGAGGCUGAGAGUGGAGUCCAAACGGAGACUGACAGCGCCCCUGCGGGCGAUCCCCCAGGGAACGUGGGACGGGAUCCUGCAGUGGGCAUUGCAGAGCAUGGCACGGCCCCCUGCAGACACUGCGGGGCUCUUUGAGUAGUGCCUGCUGCGGAGAGGGAAGGCAAAGGCAGACGAGACAACGGAGAGAAGAAGGAAAGACGAGUGUGAAAGGACAAAGCAGAAGCAAUAAAGAGCCGAGAAAACAGAGGGAAAACGCAAAGAAAUUCCACGGGGACCGGAAAACAGCCUAAGGGCAGGCUGGCACGAAAGCCAAAAGCGGCCGUUGUCCCGCCGCAAGGCGGAUGGCGCGGGAGCAGAGGGAAGCAGAAGGGGCGCAGCAAAAACCUACAGCACCCGGUAUUCCCAGGAGGUCUCCCAUCCAAGUACUAACCAGGCCCGACCCUGCUUAGCUUCCCAGAUCGGACGAGAUCAGGC